AUGGCAAGCCGGCGAAGGGGCUGCGCUGGUACUACAUCUGGGCGCCGACCGUCCAACAGCGCAGGCUACGCGCGCGCGACCCGCGGCUACCCAGCUUGGGAUCCGAAAGACAAGAAGAUCGUCUGGAUCAAAGACUCGUGGCGAUCUGAGACCGACAAGGUCAUACCAGAGUCAGUGGUCAUUGAUCAGCUGAACACGGAGAAUGUGGAGUUUGCGCCUACACUCUUCUGCGGCGGCGAUCUCCCCGGGCCGCGCCAGAAGACCCGGACGCACAAGUUCGUCGAUGCGUCCUGGAACAAGGGCCAGCGUAGGGCGCACCACCCGCGCAUACACCUCCGCCUGGCGGAAACAUCCGGUAAGCUCCAUCGGGACUUCAGCGCAUGGAACAUCCUUUACGAUCCUCAAUCGGAGAGGGGCAUACUGACGGACUGGGAUCUGUGCGCACCGAUGCCCAGUCUAAAGGCAUGCGAGGAGGAUCCGACCAUCAAUCCCCUCGCACAGAUACCAAACAGCUCUGGGCGCUCUGACCGUACAGGCACAUGGAUGUUCAUGUCUGUGAGCGUGCAAGGCGAGAAGCCUCACCUACACUGUGUUCAAGACGACCUGGAGGCUCUUUUCUGGGUGGGCGUAUACAUGAUAGUUCUGUAUAUGCCCGUCCCUACAAAGGACGCCCUUGCGAUCGUGGACGAGUUCUUGCUGCAUUAUACGCUCAGAGACGGUGUUCCGGUGGGUGGGGCUGCCAAACGGGCGUAUUUGACAGGCACCGGCAACAUCGACCUAAGCCUUCCGCCAAUUGUCUUUCCGGCGUUAACCUCUUGGCUCACGGACUAUGGCGAAAUGCUUGAUAACUGGUAUCGACAUCUGUAUCAGCUCGACAAGCACCAGAAUCGGGCGAAUGCCAAGCAGCCCACGGCGCCGGCCCUUCGCGACUACAACGAGCUCGACAAAUUAUGGAAGGAGAUUCUUGAAAACGGCGAGUUCGUAAACAACGAUCGCCUCAACGACAAGGACUACAUGCGGGACCCCUUCCACGUCACUGCGGUGUACAGGAAGUCUCUGGCAAAGGAUGCGAACAAGCGCAUGGAACUCGAGGCAUCGGCCAGAUUUGAUCAGGCAGAGUCGCAACGGGCGGAGGCGGAGGCGCGACGGGCGGAGUCGCAGCGCGCCGAUCUUAAGGCAUCUAUCGAGCUGGGCCUCGGCCAGAACUCCGGCGCAGGUACCUCGCAUAGCAACACCCUCUUCGAGCUUUCGGCGGCUGUCAAGGAAGACAAGGAAGACAAGGAAACCGAGGAAACCGAGGACGAGGAAGACGAGGACAUGGACGACGAAGAGGACAAGGGAGUCUUUGGCCCACGGUUUCCCUCCCCGUUGAUAUCAGCCUUUGCGGGUGACGAUGGGAGCAUGGGUAGCUGGGACGAGACAGAUGCGGCAGACGAAACAAUCGAGGAGGAAGCGGGGCGCGCAGCGAAACGGCGGAGGAGUACGUCGGCGGGAGCCUUCUUCCUCGCCCAGCCUGGAUGGCUCUGGGACGACGUCGCCGUGUACGCAAGAUCGUGACGCCGGAGUAGGUGAAUGGGACGUGGUGGAUUGGACGGGUGAGCAUGUUUCUCGCAUAGUAAUUCUUGCAAAGGCUCUAUGUUUGGUACGCACCAUGUAUUAAUGGCCAGGGCUAGCUUCAAUGGUAGCCUCGUGAUAUGGCAUAAUGCUCUCUCGUUG